AAGAACAUGGCUUCCUCUGUAAAUUCUGAAUUCGAUGGUGGAUACGACAUUUUCUUAAGCUUUAGGGGGUUAGACACCCGCAAAACAUUCACCCAUCACCUUUACCUGAGUUUGAAGGAAGAGGGGUUUCGAAUUUUCAGAGACGACGACGAGAUCGAGCCCGGAGAGAAUAUCAAAUCUGUGUUGCAGAAAGCGAUUAGGAAUUCAAGGAUGUCAGUGAUCAUAGUGUCAAAAAAUUACCACAAUUCGACAGCGUGUCUGUUGAACUUCAAACGAUUCUCGAACAUCAGAAGACGUCGGACCAUAUCAUUUUGCCUGUGUUCUACGACGUGGAUCCGUCAGAAAUUAAGGAGCAAGCAGAGAAACUCAAUUUUGAAAAAAAGAGGAUUGAGGAAGUGAAGGUAUGGAGUGCGGCGCUCAAGGAGCUUGCGAGAAUGAAAGGGAAGGUUUCCCUAAACGAAUUUAACGGGUAUGAAGCCCUGUUGAUUAAGGACAUUGUUGAAUUCGCUGACAGGAAGGUUGGCGACAAUCAAGAUCUUUUAACACAGAUGCAACGUCUCAUUACAAGCCAUGAGUAUUUAUCGGCACAAGCAGAAGACAUACGAGCAAAAGCUCACAGUAAAAUGCUCCAGAUAUGGAAAAGACCAAAGAAAGAAGUUGUAGUUUGGUUCAGAGAUUUGAAAUCGUUGAAGCGUGAUGUGCAAAGACUUGAGCAAGAAGUUUAUUUUGUAGAAAGCAGAGUCCGCUCGCCUGUACAGCUACGAAAGAUUAUUGCCGAAAAGAUUCAAGAGGUGGCAGAACUCCGAGACAAGGGCAGAGCUUUCAAGGAUAAUUUGCUGGUUGAUGCAUUUUCAAUUGGUAGACUGUUGAUGCCACCAACGAAAGAUAUUUUUGAAUCCGCAGAGGCAAGGGACCCAGAAAGAAUUCGGGAAUACUUGAUAAAUACAUUGUUAGAAUUGGGGGAUGGUGAUGUGUGGGUGGCACGCACAGAAAGAAUUCGGGAAUACUUGUUGGAUACAUUGUCAGAAUUGGGGGAUGAUGAUGUGUGGGCAGCACACACACAAAGAAUUCGGGAAUACUUGACUGAUACAUUGUCAGAAGUGAGGGAUGGUGAUGUGUGGGUGGCACGCACAAAAAGAAUUUGGGAAUACUUGAUAGAUACAUUAUUAGAACCGGGGGAUGGUGAUGUGUGGGUGGCACACACAGAAAGAAUUCGGGAAUACUUGACGGAUACAUUGUUAGAAGUGGGGAAUGGUGAUGUCACAGAAAGAUUUCGGGAAUACUUGAUGGAUACAUUGUCAAAACUGAGGGAUGAUGCUGCGACAGAAAGAAUUUGGGAAUCCUUGACAGAUAAAUUGUCAAAACUAAGGGAUGGUGCUGUGAUAGAAUUACGAGAAUACUCAAAAUUGGGGGAUGGUGCUAUGUGGGUGGCGCAUACAGAAAGAAUUCGGGAAAACUUGACAAAUACAUUGUCAGAACUGAGGGAUGGUGAUGUGUGGGUGGCGCGCACAGAAAGAAUUCGAGAAAACUUGACGGAUACAUUGUCAGAAUUGAGGGAUGAUGCUGUAACAGAAUUACGGGAAUACUCAAAACUGGGGGAUGGUGUUGUGCAAGGCACCUUUCAAGCCGUCCGUUCGGCUAUCCAACCACUACUAGAGUAAUAGAUAAACACCACAAUUUUGAUAGAACUGUAAUUGUAAUUUCUUGUUUUAAUCACAUUUGGUUUUGAAGUGUGAUGAAAUAUGCUCGCUUGUUUAACUACGUUUUGGUAAAAGCAUGAUUGAAUAAGUUCGUUGUUCGUUUCAAUCACAUUUUGUGUUGAAACGUGAUAAAAUAUACUCACUUAUUUAA